AGAAAAGUCAGGGUGACCGACAUAUGACGAACCACCAUGCCUGAACCGAAGAAGCCAGGUGCCAAGGGAGAAAAGGUGGAAGCUACACCUGCUGAUAAGCCUGCCGAAGAAUUGCCUGAGGAUGAACAUGUCCCAGGAGAAGAGCCUCAGAUGUCUCAGAUAAGUGGGCUGCUUGUGGAGAAGCCUCAGAGUGUCACUGCCGUUAAAGGGAAAAAUGUCACAUUUGUGACGAAGGUGGACUCCUCUCAGAUGCUGAGGAAGCCAACUAUGAAGUGGCUGAAGGGGAAAUGGAUGGAUCUGGGCAGCAAGGCUGGAAAGCACCUGCAGUUCAAAGAAACCUAUGAUAGGAACACCAAGAUAUACACCUAUGAGAUGACCAUUGUUAAGGUUGUGGAUGGAGAUGCAGGAGGUUAUCGCUGUGAGGUCACUUCCAAAGACAAGUGUGACAGCUGCACAUUUGACAUCUCCGUCGAAGCUGCUGAAGAGACACAACAAACAAACAUUUUGGAGGCGUUCAAACGAUCGGGAGAUGCAGGAGAGGAUGCAGGUGAACUGGAUUUCAGUGGUUUACUCAAGAAAAGAGAGAGGAAGCAGAAGGAGGAGCCUGAGAUAGAUGUGGAUGUGUGGGAGAUCCUGAAAAAUGCUAAGCCAUGUGACUAUGAGAAGAUCGCCUUUGAGUACGGCAUCACUGAUCUCAGGGGCCUGCUCAAAAGACUUAAGAAGAUGAAGAAGGUGGAGCCCAAAAAGAGCGAUGCUUUCCUAAAGAAGUUGGAUCCUGCUUACUCUGUGGAGAAAGGAAAGAAAAUACAGCUUAGUGUGGAGCUGGCUGACCCCAACGCUCAAGUCAAAUGGCUGAAAAAUGGACAGGAGAUCAAACCUUCAGCCAAAUAUAUCUUUGAGAGUGUGGGUGGUAUCCGUAAGCUCAUUAUUAACAAGUGCACCCUCGCUGAUGAUGCCGCGUAUGAAUGUGUGAUUGGAGAGGAGAAGAGUUUCACUGAGGUCUUUGUCCAAGAACCACCUGUCACCAUCACUAAGAUGUUGGAUGACGUCCAUGUGGUGGUUGGGGAGAAGGUGGAGUUUGAGGUUGAAGUGUCUGAAGAGGGAGCCAAUGUGAAAUGGAAGAAGGAUGGAGUGGAACUGAGCCGAGAUGGAAAGUAUCGCUUUAAGAAAGAUGGGACAAAGCACUGGCUCAUCAUCAACGAGGCAACCGCAGAGGACAUUGGGACAUACUAUGUGUACACUAGUGGGGGGGAGUCCAAGGGAGAGCUGGAAGUGGAAGAGAAGGAACUGGAGGUUUUGCAGAGUAUAGCUGAUCUGACACUGAAGGCAGCAGAACAGGCUGUCUUCAAGUGUGAAGUGUCAGAUGAGAAAGUGACUGGCAAGUGGUUUAAAGAUGGGGUGGAGGUCAUUCCCAGCGACCGCAUCAAAAUGACACACAUUGGCAGGUAUAGCGGUCCACUUACAGCCACCCUUAUCGAUUCAUGCAUAAAUCUGCCUGUUGGAGAGAAGAUGCUGUUCAGGGUGACAGCUGUGAACAUCGCUGGUCGUAGCCCUCCGGCUGUGAUGGCGCAAGCUGUCACCAUUCGGGAGAUUGUCGAGCGUCCUAAAAUCCGCCUCCCUCGGCAGCUUAGGACUAAGUACAUCAAACGAGUGGGUGAGAAGGUCAACCUUGUCAUUCCCUUCCAGGGCAAACCGCGUCCUGUGGUGACCUGGCUCAAAGAUGGUGCACCUCUAGACACCGGGCUGGUGAAUAUCCGCACAAGUGAUGUGGACACUAUCCUGUUCAUCAGGCAGGCGGCCAGAGAGCACUCUGGCCAGUACACCCUUUCCGUGCAGAUUGAGAACAUGGAGGACAAAGUCAAUCUUGAGAUCCAGAUUGUAGACAAGCCUGGGCCUCCAAUUGCUGUCACUGUAACUGAUGUUUGGGGCUUCAAUGCUGCUUUGGAGUGGAAGCCUCCAAAAGAUAAUGGCAACUGUGAAAUCACUGGCUAUACCAUCCAAAAGGCUGACUUAAAAACCAAGGAGUGGUUCACGGUUCUUGAACACAAUCGCAGACCUAGUUGUACCGUGUCUGACCUGGUGAUGGGGAACGAGUACACCUUCCGUGUGUUCAGCGAGAACAUCUGUGGCAUGAGUGAUGAUGCUGGCAUCAGCAAAAACACAGCUGCCAUCGCCAAAACAGGUCUUCAACAAAAUCUGAAACCCUACAAGGAAAAAGAUAUGUGCAGCUCUCCUAAAUUCAUCACACCUCUCGUGGACAGGUCUGUUAUCGCAGGUUACAGCGCUGCCAUCAGCUGUGCUGUCCGUGGACACCCGAAACCAAAGAUUAUAUGGAUGAAAAAUAAGAUGAUUAUUGGCGAGGAUCCAAAGUAUCUCAUGCAGAAUAACCAGGGUGUGCUGACUUUAAACAUCCGUAAACCAAGCUUGUUUGAUGGAGGGAAGUAUACAUGCAGAGCCAUCAAUGACCUGGGAGAAGAUGAAGUGGAGUGCAAGCUGGAGGUUCGAGUCCUAAAAGAAAAGGAGGAGGUGAAGAAGUGAACAAAGCCAUGAAGAUACCUUAAAGACGGCUGUCAGAUGGCAUCAUGAGAGUGUCAGAAAAGCAAUAAAAAAAUAGAAUUAUUGAUUUAGAAUGAAAUUGUCAUUAUGCUGUCUCUGCGGUUUUACUGUUGACUCUUUACAAAAAGUACUGUGGUGCUACCAUUUAAUAACAUUGUACUCAGUGAAAUCUCUUGCUCCUUUACCAUGUAAUUCACACACGGUAAUU